UGUUUUGUUUGAAGGAACAGGGAUACAAACCUUAAAAAAAUUACUAAAGUGACGUAAGGUUUGUUGGUUAGGUCUAACCUUCACACGUGUUAUUUUUGUAGUUUAUUUUACAAAAAAUGGCUAAACUCAAGCUGAAAAAGCCCUCUAAGCGGCAGCCUGCGCGCCAGCGCUACAAAAUCCAGAAAAAAAUCCGCCAACACAACCGAAAAGUCCGCAAGGAAGCAAAAAAGAACCCCAAAAAGCACAAACAAUCGGUUAUUCAAGUGCCCAACAUCUGCCCCUUCAAGGAAGACAUCCUCAAAGAAGUCGAAGCGAUGAAGAAGCAAAAAGAAGAAGAGCGUGAAAAACAGCGCGAACAAGCGAAACUGGAGCGCCAAAAACGCAAAGAAGCCGAAAAAUCGGGGGGUUUAGAGACUCUAGUUGCCAACGCGGAAAUGCGUGGAAAAAUCCACGAAAACUUCACCCCCCUAACAUCGGAAAAAACCCACGAAACCAGCCAGGAAAACUCCCUCAAAGCCUACUACAAGGAGUUCAAGAAGGUGAUCGAAGCCGCUGACGUGAUUCUGGAGGUGGUGGACGCGCGCGACCCCCUGGGCACCCGCUGCACCCAAGUGGAGCAAACCGUCAAAUCAAUGAAAGGCAACAAGCGCCUGGUCCUAAUUUUGAACAAAUCUGACUUAGUCCCGCGCAAAAUCCUCGACCAGUGGCUCAAAUACCUCAAAAAAACGACCCCGGCGAUCGCCUUCAAGGCCUCAACGCAGGACCAGUCGCGCAAACUGGGCCAGAAAAAAUUCACCAAGGCGGAAAAAACCACCCAGGGGGCCACUUGCGUGGGGGCCGAAGUCCUCAUGUCGCUCUUGGCCAACUACUGUCGCAAUAAAGGGAUCAAGACUUCGAUCACGGUCGGGGUUGUGGGGCUCCCGAACGUGGGCAAAAGCUCCAUUAUCAACAGUUUGAAGCGGUCGAGGGCUUGCAACGUGGGGGCCACGCCGGGGGUCACCAAAGCCAUGCAAGAGGUGCAGCUCGACUCGAAAAUAAAACUGCUGGAUUCGCCGGGGAUUGUCUUCGCUGCUGGGAACGACAGCAGCGCCUGUUUGCGCAACUCGGUCAAGGUUUCAAGUCUUGCGGACCCCAUCACCCCAGCCAAUGCGAUUUUGCAAAGGGUGACGAAGCAGCAAAUGAUGGAGAUGUACGAUGUGACGGAAUACAGCACUCCUGAUGAGUUUUAUAGCCUGAAGGCGGCGAGAACGGGGCGGUUUAAGAGGGGCGGGGUUCCGGAUGCCGUGGCGGCGGCAAGGGGCUUGUUGGAGGAUUGGAAUAGUGGGAAAAUUAAAUAUUAUACGGUGCCCCCCGAGGAUGAGGGACAAGUGCAUGUCAGUUCGGCGAUUGUGACAGAGGUUGCGAAAGAGUUCGACUUGGAUAGUUUGGAGACCAUGGAAGUUGACACUUUGGAUCAGAUUGAGAAGGAGGGGGCUAGCAAGGGGGCCUUUGUCUUGGACAGUUUGGGCCCGGUUGAGAGCGUUGAGGAGAUGGAAACUGAAUCAAAGUCAGAUUUGUUGAGCGAUAAAAUUAACGUUGAAAGUAAGAAAAGUAGGAAAAAAGGCGCGAAGACUGAGACGAAGAAAGUCGAUCCGGAGAUGGAGUUGGAGGGUAAUCAGAAGUUGAAUCAAAUUAGGAAGAACCAGUUCAAGAAAGAGAAGAAAAUGCGGAAUAGGCGGGAAAAAGUAGCGCAACAAUUGGCGAGUGGUUUAGAAAAUUUUACGUUAAAGUCGGAUAAUGAUAAAGAUUAUGACUUUGAUACUGACUAUACGAUGUAAAAGAACGAUUAAAUAAAAUAUUGACAACUAA